AUGGAUAGGACUGCAGCAGCUCCAGCAGCAGCAGCAGCAGCAGCAGCAGCAGCAGCAGAAGCAGAAGCAGAAGCAGCUGAAAUAAGAGAAGCAGCAGCAAGAAGAGAAGCAGCAGGAGAGGGGACGUCAACAAGCUCUAAGUGGCCUCAGCAGCAGCAGCAGCAGCAGCAGCAGCAGCAGCAGCUGACCCCCGCAGCAGCUUCUGCUGCAGCAGAUGCACCUUUCGCAGCUCUCAGCAGCAGCAGCGGUUCACCUCCUGCAGCUGCAGCAGAUGGUGCAGCAGUAAAAGUAGCAGCAGCAGCAGAUGCUGCAGCAGCACAAGCAGCAGCAGCAGCAGAUGCUGCAGCAUCACAAGCAGAAGCAGCAGCAACAGCAGCAGCAGCAGCAGCAGCAACUCAAGCUGCUGUCUGUACACCUGAUAUUCGUAUUCGAAUUUAUACUGAUAGCUCAGCAGACACCGCAAAGAUGCAGCAGCACGCUGCUGCUGCUGCUCCUGCUGCUGCUGCUGCUGCUGCUGCUCCUGCUGCUGCUGCUGCUGAGAGCGAAGGCCGCGAGGCAAAGGCUGUGAAAGCAGCAGCAGCAGCAGAAGAUGCUGCUGCUGCUGCUAAAAGACAGGAAGAAGCUGCUGCUGCUGCAGCUCUUGCUGCUGCUGCUCCAACUCCUGCUGCUGCAGCAGCAGCAGCAGCAGCAGCAGCAGCAGCAGCAGAAGAUUCAUUGGUAUGA